AUGCUAUUAACCAUCAUGCGGCUGUAGCUUCAGCAAUAGAACCAGAAGGCAAAGAGGAAUGUCAGGCGAUGACGAAAAGGAUAGAAACGACAAUAAAGCAGACAUGUGCUCAUAAAAGUAUUAAGAAAGUUUCGUCUGAUGUAAUCUGUGCUAAAACUGAGAUAUAA